AUGUCUUCAGACUAUGAUGCACCCAAUAUCGAAAUUUCCAAUGCGAAAUUCGUUGAGCUCAUUAGACAGACGAAUAAGGUGUUUAUUUGCCGAGCCCGCUGGCAGGACAAAGACUGCGUGCUCAAAGUGUUCCCUCCUUAUAAAUGGGACAGAAUUCAUCCACCGUUCCGUUCGAUUGAUCUUUUCAAAAAUGAAAGUCGCGCAUACAGUCGAUUGAAGGCUCGAGGCUUUUGCGAACGAGGAUCUGUGCCUGAUUUCUAUGGGGUGGUUGAGAAUAUUGACUUUGAGGCGGAGGGCUGCUCAAGAAAUUCUGACAAAACUUUUCCUCGGGGUCUUGAUCCUAAGGCUCGCCCAAACGGUGUCUUGAUGGAAUACAUUCCCGAUGUGAAUAUGCUUGAACUCUCUAACUACACAGAGCAAAGAGCUCGCAACCUCCGGCGACUUCUGCUCGAGAUUCAUGAGGCUGGGAUUGUACACCUUGAUCCUUAUCCUCGAAACAUGCUAAUCCAGGGUGAUUCCGAUUGGGUGCUCUGGAUCGACUACGAACUUGCCCAGAUAUUUGACCCAGAGCACUCGGAGCAGCCCAGGUUUUUUGCCUAG